UGAGGUCCUGCAGGUCUCUGCCUGUUCUGGUCCUCUCUUACGGAGUGACGCAAUAAGUUUUCACAAGCUUCGUCACUUCGGGGUUUAUCGCAAUGAUUGGGACAUGAGGUGGCCAUGCAGUCGGUCCCCCGUCAGCGGAAACCCCCACGGUGCGGAUAAAAAGUCCAAACGGCUGCAAAUGGAAGCUGAAGGAAGUUUGAGCCCGAUUAACGGCGGACAGACACCGACAGACAGACAGCCGCCCUGACAGACAUGAACCCUCUGCGAGUCUUCGCUCUGCUGCACUACUUCCUGUUCGCAGUUUUGGUCCAAUCAGCUUCCAUCAGCUCACCGACCAACCUGUCCCUGAUGUUCAGAGAGGCGGUCGAGCAAACCAAGAUGCUGGUGGAGAAAAUCCUGAAAGACCUCCCCACCGUGCACGCCGCUGCGGUCACCAUCGAGGGUUUGACCCUCAACCCCCCCAGUCAGACCAUAAACCUGGAGAUGAUGGCGAUGUCACUGGGCAUCCCUGCCGCCCCCGUCAUCAAACCACUGUCUGAGCGCUUCACACUGGACAUAUGUGUGAGUCGUAUGUUAGCGGGCACCCGGCUGUACCAGGGGCUGCUGGGGGUAUUGUCUGACAAAGUCGAUGGACUGGAUGACCUGAAAGUCGACCUCCGAGACCUGCUGUUACGCAUAAGCAAGAUGAAGGAGGCUGCUCAGCUCGAAGGCGGUGACAGUCUGGAUCAGAACAGUCGUUUGGACCUGGCUUCUCGUCUCCCUGGCAACUACGAGGUCCAGGUGGCAGUCCACCUGACAGUGUCACAGCUGCGGUCCUUCUGCCACGACCUGAUCCGCAGCCUGAGAACCAUCGCCACCUACAGGCCCUAAGCUGCAGGUACACGUUAAGCCCCGCCCACUAGAGGCAACUGCGUUCAAGGACAAAAAUCACACUGAAUUGGAUAGAGUGAAAGUUGCACAUUUAAGGUUAUGAGCUCCUGCAGGAAUCGGUGACCCGGAGUUAUGACAGAGACAAUCACCUGUGUCUACCUGCUGCACUGCCUCAUGGGAGAAUCUUUAGUGAUCGUCCUGACAGUCAAAGAACAUCACAUCUCAGAAACAUCUCUUUUUGCCCUCAGACGUUUGUGUAUAUCAGUGGCAUGGACGCCUGCGAUCAGUUUUAAAGCCCUGCAACUUCCACGUCUCUGAACUGGAUGUUUUAUUGUGACGGGUAUUCCCUCAAUGUCUGAGACUCCGGAUGUGAAACGUUUCUCUGAAUCAGUCAUCAGAUCUGAUUGGCUACAGCGAUCCAAAAACUUUCCCAGGGUGCUUUGUGUUGCAGCAUGUCGACCCAGUAUAUUAGUCGGGGAUCAGAGCUUCUCCUUGAUUCUUUUCGAAAACAAGCAGCAAGAAUGUGAACAAAGCUGGAGAAAGAAUGUCUUUAAUGACCUUCGGGAAUGAAGAGACGACUGCGAGCUGGAGCAGACUGCAGGUCUGAACCUGCUCAGGACUGAAACCUGCUGCUGCUGUUCUCUCUCUGCAGGACGUCGUGGGUUCUCUGUCAAAUUCUGCAUCUUUGGACACUGUCACUGCAGUGAAAGUCCUGAAGCUGUGGGUCGGUGAAGGAAAACAGACAUUUUCUGAACAGAACAGGAGGCAAUGAGCUGACCUUUGCUUCAGAGUCCGCCCUGAGGCAUCUAGUCAUUGUUUGCCUCCCAGUCAAACAUCUACUUUAUUGCAUUAGAAAAAUCUCUUUUAGAAUUUAAAUGGGUUUUGUCAGAAACAGAGCAGUCAAACAGAAACCACAGACACAACACAAGACAAAAAAGAUGUUUCACGUUGAUUAACUAUUUGUUAAUCAAAUAGGAAACUGGCAGCAAUUCUGAUAAUGAAUGAAUGAAUUGUUAAAG